AUGGGUACCCGACACCUCAUCUGUGUCUUCUGGAAGGGAAGAUGGGUUAUUGCUCAGUACGGCCAAUUUGAUGGGUACCCCGAGGUGCAAGGCGUCAGGCUCUUCAAGUUCCUGUCCGUGGCCCACAACAUAGAGAGGUUGAGGGCGGGCUUGGAUCACGUCUAUUACCCGACAGCGGAAGAACUUGAAGCCAUCCGGGACGAGUGUGCAGCGUUUGAGCAGAACCUUAGAGACCAGGGUCUCGACUGGGGGUUCCGCACGAACGUCGUGAAGGAGCUUUAUCCCACCUUGGAUAGGGAAACCUCGGCCCGCAUCUUGAGCAUCAUUGCCCGUCCGACCCAAGCCGCAGAAGAGGAUGGUGCUGAGGACGUCGCGGAGGAGCCCAAGAAAUUUCCGGUGCAGCUUCGGCUGGGGUUUGCAAAUGACAGCCUCUUCUGCGAAUGGGCUUAUGUCGUUGACCUCGACCAGGAAGUGUUGGAGGUCUACGGUGGCCAUGAGCACAAGCAUGACGGCCACAGAUUCAAGGACGUUGGAGAGCCGGAUCAACCGGUGCCUACGUUCGUGUGCUCGUUUACAUUCUCGGAGCUCUACUUGACGAAGAGUCCCCAAGAAUUCGUGCAGAGAAUUUCUAAAGCACUCCGCGGGGAGGCGGACAAUGCAGCAUCGGACGAGGAGACAAAAGUUCAAGAAAAGGCGGACGAUGCGGCAUCGAACGAGGAAACAGGGGCUCAAGAGGAGGGGCGCGGUGCAUAG